AUGUCUUGUUCACCACGAGAGGAAUUUCAGAUCGGUUGGAUUUGUUCUCUACCUAUCGAGGUCGCUGCCGCUGUAGAGAUGCUUGACGAGAAUUUUGGAUUGCUUGAUGAGCAAGACGCAAUCGAUCCAAACACCUACACCUUGGGCCGAAUCGGUAAACACCACGUCGUGAUCGCCUGCCUGCCUGGAGGACAGUACGGAGCCUGUGCGGUUACAACAGUCGCAAACAAUAUGAUCCGGUCAUUUUCAAAAUCGCUACGGAUCGGGUUGAUGGUCGGUGUUGGAGGAGGCAUUCCAUCUGCCGACCACGAUAUACGGCUUGGCGAUAUUGUGAUCAGCUACCCAACGGGUACUUGUGGAGGCGUAGUUCAAUAUGAUAUGGGGAAGGUUGGGAACGAAUUUUGUCGCACGGGCUCUCUGAACAGUCCUUCAAGAUCUUUACUGACAGCGGUCAACAGCAUGAGGGCAGCUGAGCUAACUGAUGACUGGGAGGAAGUUAGAAGUGAACGAGAAGAUAAUGACCCACGGCCACAUUAUGGUAUUAUUGCUUCUGGCAAUUCUGUUAUAAAACAUGGAAGAAAAAGAGAGCAACUCCGCCUGAAAACUGAGCCAUUGUGCUUUGAAAUGGAGGCAGCAGGCUUGAUGAUGGACUUUCCAUGCAUUGUGAUCCGUGGCAUCUGUGACUAUUCAGAUUCCCACAAGAACAAGCAGUGGCAAGGCUACGCUGCCUUGGCAGCAGCAUCAUAUGCUAAAGAGCUACUAGGGAACUUGGCAACAGACGUAUGUCGCUCUAUAGAAUAUUUGGAUGAGGAGGUAAAAGACACCAAUCAAAGAUUAGACAGAGCAUACAAUCAACAAGAACAUCAAUAUCUUGAACAAACAGCUACAGCCUUGACCGAUCAGCAGCGGCGAUGUCAUCAAGUUUUCAAGAUAUCAAGUUAUGAGGGACAAAAGGACAUCAACCCCAAACGAGUACCAGGAACAUGCCAGUGGGUCUCACAGAAUCCACAAUAUAUUCGUUGGUGGGAUAGCUGCAGCAAUGACCUUCUCUGGGUAUCAGCUGACCCUGGUUGUGGGAAGUCUGUCCUAGCCAGAUCACUUAUUGAUGAAGACUUUAGAGUAUCAACUUCAACAGCAUCAGACAACCUUGCUAUAGCACUGUGUGCAAUACUUCAUCAGCUCUUUAGCCAACAGCCAAACCUCUUACAACAUGCAAUACCAUCAUGGGAGCAGAACGGGGACAAACUUCAACAUGAGGUUAGCGAGCUCUGGCGGAUCUUUCUGUCUGCAGCAUCAGCAGAUCCUACAUCACACAAAACCAUUUGUGUUCUCGACGCGCUUGACGAAUGUCGUAUGGACGAUCAAAAACAACUAAUUCAGAAACUCAAUGACUUCUAUAAUCAUAGUGAUGUACAAAACCAGAAAAUUUGGUUAAACUAUGAUGAGAUUAAAACCAAUUUCCAAGAGAUCACAGAUUCACAGAAACUGGAGCAACAGAUUCUUCAAAUGGAACAUCGCACAUAUCUCUGGUUACAUCUAGCUAUCAAUGACAUCCGCACUACACUUCAAGAUAGCCUUCGACCAGCUGAUGAGCCAAUUCAACCCAUACCUUCAUCUGUGAAUGCUGCUUAUGCAAGAAUCCUCGACCGUGUUCCGUCCAAUCAAGUCAAUACCGUUAAGAAGAUUCUUCAGAUCAUUGUUGGUGCGCGACGUCCCUUGACAAUAGAGGAAAUGGCCAUGGCCUUAGGGUUGGCUACUAGACCUAUAUCAAGAAAUAUAGCAGAGGCUGGGCUAGACUCAAUGGGCCUUGAAAAUAAGAUACGCCGAUUGUGCGGGCUCUUUGUUUUCAUCAAUGAUUCAAGGAUAUACCUUAGCCACCAGACAGUCAGGGAGUUUCUUGUCAGAAAGGAGAUUGCUGGUAAUUUAUGUUCUGUAUACUCCUUUGACCAGAAGGAGGCCGAAGACCAAUUGUCUCAGAUCUGUGCUUUAAUGCCGUUCGAAGUCAUACCCAAAAUGGAUGCAAUCCACCUAGCAGCAUUCAACGGACAUACGCAUAUUAUGAGAUUGAUCCACGAGAAUAGAGACAAUGUACACAAGAGAGACAGUGGUGGAUCAACUGCAUUAAUGUGGGCCUCACUAAAUGGACACUAUGAGAUUGUGCAGAUGCUGCUGGAGCAGGGAGCCAAUUUCAAUGCUCAGGGUAAAAAUAAUGAUACUGCCCUCCAUCUGCUUUAUUAA